GGAUCGGGGGGAACCUCGCUGCUCUGUGCGGCUCUCCGAAAGGAGGCUGCGGUGAGCUGGGGCUCGGCUUCUGCUGCGGGUAACGGCGACGGGACGAGAGAGGGGUGCUGCUCGGAGAGGCUGCGGGUGCCCCGAACGUCCCCGGCGCUGUUCAAGGCCGGGUUGGAUGGAGUCUGGUACGAAAUGGGGAGCUUGGUGGGGAGUUGGAGCUUCGUGAUCCUUGGGGUCCCUUCCAACCCAGCCAUUCUGUGAUUCUGUGAGAGGCUGCAUCAGGGAAGGCUCAGGUGGGGAAUUGGGAAAAACUUCUCCGAAGGGCGGUCAGACAGAAUGUGCAGGGAGAGGUGGGGUCAGCGUCUGUGCAGCUGUCCCAGAGCCGUGGAGGUGUGGCGCUGAUGGACACAGCUCAGUGGGCACGGCAGGGGUGGGCUGGGCUCGUUCAGUGUCUUGAUCAGGUACCAGGAGGAAGGGAUAGAGUGCAUCCUAACAAGUUUCCUGUGGUACAAAGCUGAGAGGAGUGGCUGGCGCACCAGGGGGCUGUGCUGCCUUCCUGUGAGACCUGGGCAGGUUGGAGAGUGGGAAAGAGGAACCCGAUGCUCUUCAACAAGAACAAGUGUGAGUCCUACACCUGGGUGAGAAUUACAUGUGCACCAGUAGAGGCUGCAGGCUGCCUGGGGUGCAUUAAAAGAGCAUGGCCAGCAGGUCGAGGUAGGUGAUCCUAAUUCUCUUGUCUGCCAUGGUGAGGCCACAUUUAAAAUAGUGUGUCCAGUUCUGGGUUUGCCAGUUCAAAAAAGACAGGGAUUCCUAGAAGGAGUCCAGCAGAGAGCUAGAGAGAGGGUAAAGGGCCUGGAGCAUCUCCUGUGUGAGGAAAGGCUGAGUAACCAGGGCUGUUCAGCCUGGGGAAAAGAAGACUGAGGGGGAUCUGGUAAACAUUAGUGGAUAUCUGAAGGGAGGUGGGAGACAAAGGGAUGAGGUGGAGCAUAGCAGUAGUAAUGGCCUAAAACAUAGAUAUUUUUUUUUUCAGUGGUGUGAUAGAACAAAGGGUAAUGGGCAGAAACUGGAAUGCAGGAGGAACUUCUUUACUGUGAGAGUGACGAAGCAGUGGGGCAGGCUGUUCAGAGAGGUGGUGAAGUCUCCUUCUCUGGAAAUAUUCAAACCUGCCAGGAUGUUUUCCUGGGCGGCCUGCUGUAGGAAACCUGCUUCAGCAGGGAAGCUGGACUUGAUAUUCUGAGGCCUCUUCUAGUCCAUACGAUUCUGUGAUCUUAGGUCUUCUCCAUUUAAAAAUUAAAAUAUUGUUUCUGUUCUUUUUCAACAUAAAUUUGAUUCUGUGAAAAGGCAGUAUCAGAUAAAAAGUUGUUGUUUUGCUUUCUUUCCCCUGUGCCUUUCUGAGCCAGUGAGCUGCAGGUUAGGUGGGCUGCUGUCCUGCAGAAGAGCCACGUGUGCGUGUCAGGGGAGUGGGGGUCGAGGGGGGGCAGAGUCAGAAAGGACUGCGUGUGUCCCCACACUCAGAUGCAGGAGGGAACAUCCUGCAUGGAAACAGAAUGCUGCUGCAGCUCUGGGGGUCUGUGUGGAGGCAGUACAAUAGACCCAAACCUCUCGCUGUCUUUUUAAGAGCUGAACUCUGAUAUUGGCUUGUAACAGAGUGGGUUGUGUAUCAUCAGUAGGUGGUUUGUGCUUGCAGGCUGUCUGCAGACAGGGUUCUGCCCCCAGCACUGCCGGGCAGACUCGCAGUGCCCAACACCUGCUGCUCCCCAGCUCUGAGCCAUACGGCUCACCUUCGGGGGUGUCACUGCCCUGUGCGUUGUUCUGCGUCCAACAGCCCCACCAGAGGGGCCAUGAGAGUGAACCAAACGUCUCUUAUUAGCUUAUUUCUAGGGGAAAACUGAUGUCCUGGGCACAGGCUUCUGAAUGCUCAAUGUAACGGUGGUGUUCUGCUGGCACCUCCGCACUGUGAGCUGAGCUCUCGUCCCACUGUUCCCCUUCCAGUGGAGGAGCGACUGAGACCAGUGUACCUGCAGGUGUGGCUGCUUCAGUGCGUGCAGAUAGAGCUGCUGUCAUCCACAAGGUGCUGUGAGCUGGUGUGUAUAUGGCGUAGUGCAUGAGCCACAUAAACUGAAUUCUUCCUCUGUCGUGAGCUUUCUCAUCAACACAAACACUGCGUUUUUCAGCCAGAGGGUGGUGAGGCACUGGCACAGGUUGCCCAAGGAGGCUGUGGAUGCCCCAUCCCUGCAGGCAUUCAAGGCCAGACUGGAUGUGGCUCUAGGCAGCCUGGGCUGCUGGUUGGCGACCUGCAGGGAGUUGGAACCAGAUUAUCUUUGAGGUCCUUUUCAACCCAAGCCAUUCUAGGAUUUGGACACGUGUCAGAAUGUAAAGCAUUACAUAGUGUGUGCAGGAGAAAAGAAAAGAGGACUGAGGUACACAGCAGUAAGAAAGACAGUAUGAUGGGUUCAGAAGGCUUUUCCCCAGGAAAUUCAGAGGAAGAUCCAAGCAGUGACGUUACGGCUACCUCUAGCAAACAUUACCUGUGUGGUUACUGUGCGGCCUUCACCAACAUAGCAGUUACUUUUCCCAUCCAGAAGGUCCUCUUUCGACAGCAGCUGUAUGGUCUGAAAACAAAGGAUGCGAUACAUCAGCUGCAGAAGGAUGGAAUUCGAAAUCUCUACCGUGGCAUCCUCCCUCCCUUAAUGCAGAAGACGACCACGCUGGCUCUCAUGUUCGGCUUGUAUGAGGAUUUCUCCUCCUUGCUCCACAGCCACACGACUGCUCCCGAGCUCCUGACACGCAGCAUGGCAGCAGUGCUUGCAGGGACCACAGAAGCUGUUCUUACUCCUUUUGAGCGAGUGCAGACUUUGCUUCAGGACUACAAACACCACGAUAAGUUCACAAACACGUACCAGGCUUUCAAGGUACUGAAAGUCUAUGGGAUGAGAGAGUACUACCGGGGAUUGGUGCCUAUUCUGCUCCGCAAUGGGCCCAGUAAUGUACUCUUCUUUGGCCUCAGAGGACCUAUUAAACAAUGUCUGCCUGAAGCAACUUCUUACAGCACUCAUUUGGUCAAUGACUUCAUUUGUGGCGGGCUGUUGGGUGCCAUGCUGGGAUUCUUGUUCUUCCCAAUGAAUGUUGUAAAAGCUCGCAUGCAAGCUCAGAUCGGGGGUGAAUUUCAGUCCUUCUCGACAGUUUUUGUGAAGAUCUGGCUGGAGCGCGACAGAAAAUUGAUCAAUCUUUUCAGGGGAGCCCAUCUGAAUUACCAUCGUUCAGUCCUAUCCUGGGGCAUAAUCAAUGCAACUUAUGAGUUCUUGCUAAAGCUGUUAUGAACACUUAUUUUCUUCGUCCCUUCAAUUCAUUUGGUUUUUGCCAUAUUUGAUGACGCUUGAUCCCUGGGAGCAGUGCCUGCGUAGUGUGAAGGGCAUUCAGCCUUGGCCUUCACUGCAUAUGGGGUGAACGGUGGUACAUCCAAACCUUGGUGCAAUUACGAGUAGCUUCUUAUGUUAUUUAUUUGCUGGCAGGUGGAUUUACCCAUAAUGAAACUACAAGAUGAACAGAUAAAACCAAAACCAAAAACCCCACGAACUCAUCACUCAGCCCAGCGGCUGGCUCAGUAUCACUCCCAGAAGUUCCUAACACUCCAUGACCGAGCGCGCUCCACUGUGUGCCCUGUAGAACACGGAAGUCAGGGGGAGGCUGAUGGAAAUUCAUUCCCUUAUGUGAUGAACUUCAGAAUGCUGACGUGAGAUUACGUGCUCAGACAGAUGUAGGCUCCUCAGUGCUCACCGUUGCUCGUGGCCAAAUGGACACCGACCCCUGAGGAGGACGACCGAGUUCCUGAGUGCUGUGCUUAAACGAAGCCUGUGCCAAGGCUCCUGCAGGCCGCUUGGGUGCUCGGCUUCAAGCAGAACGUUUCGUUCGGCAGCAUAAAAGCAGGUACUGAAUGUUGCCUUCGCUGUGCCCUGACUCACAUUUGUGUGCACGUAUGUACGCACACAGUUUAACGUCAAAAGGGAAAAGUGGAAGGAGAGGAACAGCAGAGAUGAGAAAGCUUUAAAGUGUCCUUCCUUGUUACAAUCCUUCUACUUGUAAAUGCGGAGCUUGUUCUGCUUUUUUUUUUUUUUUUUUACUACUUCUUUUUCUAUUCUACAUCUGUGAGGCCAGAAAGAAGACGUCUCUUUUUGUAGUGCUUGUUAUAAGAGUUCAUUUUCCUGUAUUUUCCUGUUGUGAAAGUAGUUCUCGGGCAGCUCUUUUCUACAGAGGUAUCUCGUCUUUCGCAGAUGGCUGCGUUUCACCAGAGCUGUGCCAUAACUGAUCACAACGAGACUUCUUACAGGAAAGCUGGAGCUCUGCCUCCUUGACGUGUGCGUUCAGCAGUUCUGUAAGACAGAGCUGCGCCGUGGCACCAUCAGGAUUAAGUUCCUGGGCAAUACCCACUGGGGGAAGUCUGUGAUUGUAGUACCAGGAGGCAGGCAGAGAUGACCUUUGGAAUGAUGCAGCACUUGGGGAAGCACUGAUGGACUUCUGUGGGCAAGUGCAGAUAAAGAUGUACAGAAAUGUGUGUUCUGCGUCCUACAGAUGUGAGGCUGUAGGCCUUGGAGAAAGGAGCGGGAGGGGGAUAGGCAUAGCCAGACCAGGAGAGGGGUCUUAAUGAAGAACUUGGUUGUCCUGGGAACUUUAUGUCCUUAUGUUGUAUUUAAAAACAGACAAAAAAAAAAUUAAAACAAAACAACCUCACCACCUAUUCUGAAAGAUGGGGAUAAACUUUUACCAAGUUACUCUUUUCGUAAGCUUUGUAGUGAUGGUUAUUUUUUGUUUGCUAAACUGUCACAAAAUACUUGCUCUAAUCAGUGUGUCAUGAUUAUGGUCCUAAUGAGGUCCCUCGCUUCACAGCCCAAAAGGGCCCAGCACAAAUGAGCAUUGCUGUAUCUGAAUGUUGUGGUUAUUUGCAUUGAAAUAAAACGUUUAUUGAAUGUUU